AUGAAUACCGGAAGUACUGGUUUGAUAGAUCAAGCUCUCCUUUCUGACGAUAUUCAAGAAGAUUUACAAACUCUUUUGGCUGGUCAAAACAUAACUGAUUAUCAUGACCAAUCGGGAGAAGAAGAAUAUCAUAGUCUCAUGAAUGGGCUUUUGAGUUAUUUGGGGUUAGAAUUUAUGGUUAUUUCUAACCAAGAAUCAGGCAAUGGUCGCUAUGACCAUGCUCUAAUUCCUCGAGUAGAAAAAUCUCACGAUAUUGCUUUCAUUUUUGAAUACAAAAAGGCAGCCAGCAAAGAAGAUAAAGAACUAGAUUUGGCCGCCGAAAAAGGUCUAAAACAAAUAGAUGAAUUCAACUAUGACAUUAGAAUAAAAGAGUAUUCCCAAGUCAAACGAAUUAUUAAAAUUGGGUUAGCCUUUCGGGGAAAGAAGCUAAAAGCCGAAUACAAAAUAGAAGAAAGAAGGCCUGAUAAUAAUGGAAAAAGCAAUUAUGGAAUUAAAAAUCCCUCUGAUAUUUACCACCAAAUGCCUUUUCUUACAAUAGCAGAAGACUUGCUUAAAUUGGUGAAAGAGGACAAGGUAGAAGAACUAAUAUUUUUAUCGACUAGUGAUGAAAGAAAAAUUGAGGUAUUUGAAGAAACUUUUCGCAAAGUUGUUGAUAAGACUAAUAAUGGUCAUUCUGACUUUGAUAUAUUUAUUGAUGAUAGCCCUCAGGUUUGCAAGGGUGUUCUUAAUGAGUUUAUUUCUUUGGGAAUGUGUCGAAAUUGUCGAAAAAAAGAAAAAGAUAUUUGCGAGCAUGUAAAGGAAAAGGCAAUAGUUUGUUCACCUUAUUAUCCAGUCAUAGAAAAUCAACAUCAUAAGGAAGUAUUGUUAGUUAGAAAUGAAGUUGGUGAUUUGAAAAAAGAACACUUUUCUCAAUAA